UCACUAGAAUAAAUUCCAAUUGCUUUAAACAAAGAGUUCUUAGAGAUGAUGAGAUUCCAGACCAUUUUCUUUUCGAUGGCGUUGACCACAAUGACAGUGGCAGCCUAUGCACCCACGGAAAAGCAUGCAUUAGAUAUACAUGGAGUGAAGAAGGUUUUACAGGCCGAAAACACUGUUGGGAGAGACUUUAACGGGCGUCGUGGUGUCGGCUCCCUUUCUGUACUGGAUGUUAUUGAUGCAAAUAGACGAGCAGGAUCAAGAGCAGUUGGAACAUCUCAUGGAAUAGGCAAUGAAUUUAUAAGACACGGGUCAUCAGCCAGUAGAGGAUUGUCUGGGGGUUCUAUUGGAGGCAGGACAUCUGUAUCUGAAAUCAUUAGAAGCUCUUCAGCUGGUGUUUCCCGUGCUUUACCUGACGAUGACAGUAUCAGUAGCUGUCAUUAUGGGUGUGGAGGAGAUAAAUUAUGUCGUUCAGGACAUAAAUGUAUUCAAAAUGGCUGUAGCAGCUACUGCGUCGAAAUUUCUUCUGGAAGUAUAAUUGGUGCAUCUGGAUUGUCGGACUCUAUAAAAAGGGAAAUAAUUAGAAGUUUAUCAUCUGGCUUUACCAGAGUUUCCAGCAAUGAUGGUAAUUUAUCAUCUGGCAGCAGAAUUGGUUCAUCUGGUCUGGCUAGAAAUUUGGAUCUAUCUAGAAAUGCUCAUUUGGAAACUAUAGGUAGUAGCCGUGCAAUAUCUGGUCAUACAGGUUCAGAUAUUCUUGACGCAAUUACCUCUAGACGAAGUGGGCUUGAUGUAUUGGACACAGUUUCCUUAAGACGAAGUGGAUCAGUUAGUUCUUCAGGGUCAGGAAUCGUUUCUCAGUCAGUGGUAGGAGGAAAAACUGGUUGCAAGACAGACUGUUAUCGUGAUUCAGAUUGUCCAUCAAACAAAUAUUGUGCCACUGUUAAUUGCCACAAAAUUUGCCGUAGAAAGCCGUCUAAAGGAUACACACGAUAGACAAAAGAUGAAAUCCAAAAUUUCUACACAUACAAACUAUUUCUUUCUUAUGAAAUAAAAUGUUAUACAA